AUGUCGAUGACGUCGCUACUAAGCCAGCAUAGACGUCCUGCCUGGGUGCAAGAAUGUUCUGGGGAGUUCAUUGGCGUUUUCAUUUUUUGCUAUGUUGGAUUAGGCUCGACAGCUGCACUGACGAUUGGGGAGAAUACUAACCAAUCACAGCUCUCCAGCGUCCUGCAAAUUGGUCUAGCGUAUGCAUUUGGCAUCGCCGUUGCUAUUAUCACCUGUGGCAUGAGUUCUGGCGGCCAUUUUAGUCCUGCCAUCACUGUGACGUUCUCGCUAUUCAAGAACUUCCCCCUCAAGAAAGUACCCCUCUACAUUGCUUCUCAAAUCGCUGGGGCUUUCUCUGCAACAUUAAUCGUGUAUGCGCAAUAUCGCCCAUAUUUCCUCGAGAUAGAAACCCGGCUCGUUGCAGCAGGCAAAGAGGCGUCCCUCUUUUCAUCUUCAGGGCCCGCAGGGGUCUUCGCUAUCUACCCUAACCCGGGUGUCUCGCUCGGAUGGACAUUCCUGAACGAGUUUUUCGCUAACAUCUUUAUCGGUCUUGUCGUCUGGGCUUGUCUUGAUCCUUCCAACGUCUUCGUCACCUCCACAUCCAUCCCAGCAUUUAUUGGCCUUGCCUGGGCCCUUGUCAUUUGGGGAUUCGAUCCUGCUACCUUGUCAACUAACGUUGCAAGAGAUGUUGGGGCCCGACUUGGUGCAAUCGCGAUAUGGGGAACAAAUGCUUGGGGAGGCCGAUAUGGAGCAAUGAGCGCCUUCACUCCCUUCUUGAGCACAUUCCUGGCAGCGUGCAUAUACGAGUUCUUGCUGGUUGACACGUCGAGAGUCAUUACCGCUUCCGCGAAAGGUUUGAUGGAGAAUAACGAGCGUCAACGGGAGAGGAAGGCGUAUAAGUGUGACCAAGUACAAGAUAGAUGCUUAUUCCUCCACAUGAACAUAGAGACUAAUGAACCGCUUGCGUCUGAAUCCUUUGUAGACAGCUACUGA